CGUGAGGGAAGCCGCCGUCGGCAGGUCGUGCCUAAGUUAUACGCGAUUUUGUUUCUUUCAUCGGUGGUUUAUAAGAUGUUUUAUUUAUAAUUGCACUCCUUAAAGAGAUUGAACUCUUAUUCAAGGGGAAAAGAGUUGAUGUAGUGCUGAAUUUGGAGGCAGAGUGCAGUUUCCUUACUGAUAUUCACUAUGGUCAGGUGCAAACGAAGAUAUUUUGUGGUUGAAGUAGUGCCAGAGAAGUCCUUGAAACUUACCUGGUAUGGACUGAAGAAUGCCAUAGUCGAUACUGUGAGAAAGCUUCACGGGGAUUUCGGUGUUGCAGCAACAACUUCAGGCUUUCAGAUCAAAUAUUGCAAUGCAGAGACUCGAAUAGCCUUCAUAAGUUCAAUCAGAGGUCCCCACCAGUUAAUUGCAAUGGCACUGCCACAUGUCAAGACGAUACACUACCAGCCUGUGGUUGUUCGCACCUUAUAUCUAGCUGCCUCUAUGAGACACGGCUUCCUCUUCGUAAAAAAACACCAUGAAGAAAAAAUUCAGGAACUUGAAGGAAAUUUGAAGACACAUGCUGAGAAGGAGCAUUGGCAGAAUAUGAAAAAAAAGGCAUACCUGAGAUGAAAGGUGUUAAAAUUCUUGAAAGGAAGUCAUUUGGUUUUGGAAAAGUUGAUUAUAAGCAAUGUAUAUAGUGAGUGUGUAUACAGAAUAUGAUAGGAAAGUUUGGUUUAUUUUGCAGAAAAGUGUAAUGUCUGAUUGGCUGAUACAGACAAAAAAGAAAUAUACCGUACUAUUUACUUUGUCGACAUUAGUACAAAGGAACUUGUAUGAAAAAAAAAAGUAAAUAUCCAGCUAUUUGACUUCUGCAGUAACCUUGAAUUUACAUCUUAUUUACAUUCUAAGUGGUUAUCAUUCAGUUAACAUACAAAUAUAUUACUUAUACAAUAUGUGCAUUAUUGUUCUGUAAACUAUUUUUCUUACAUAUAUUGAUUUUGCAUAAAUUGCCUUAUUACCCCUUUGACUAUUUUUAUCCAAACUAUAAUGAGCCAAGCACAGCACACAGUCAGCUUCUUAAAUGAAAAUUAGAAGCAGAAGACACUUGUUUUCUCAAUUGUCUAUAAUUUUGGCUGCAUGUAUGCUCUUUCAAUAAAAGAAGCUAAAAAGUGACUUUAA